CACGGCUGGCAACAACAUAUACACCUGCCUACACGAAAUCACAACAUUCUUGACUUGAUAUUCUGUCAUAGUGUCACACCAACAUCAAUGGUGGUUAGCGAAAAGUUUCACAACAGCGAUCAUAAAAUAGUCCUCUGCACCCUUCCGAUUCUUGCCAUAUGCAACAAAUUAAAGACAUUAAAAACGCGAUUCCAAUAUAGAGACUAUGCAAACGCUGACUGGGAAAACUUUCGAUUUCUAAUAAAGCACUCUGACUGGGGCAGUUUCUUUACCAGUAAUAACCUCUUAGAAACAUUAGAAAUAUUCAAUAUCACCACCAAAUCUGCACUAGACACCACUAUACCCUCUAAAAUUGGUUUUAAAACAGUUACUCCCUAUAUAAACCAAAAGACUAGGUCUAAACUGAGAAAACUGAAAAGGAUGUACUAUAUAUCAAAAGACUUCAGUGCCCUGCACCAGAUAUACUCUGUACUUGACGGAGUACAAAGUCAACACAACAAGCAUAAACAGGUAGAGGAACGUACUGCGCUCGCUGCUGCAUCUAAAGCCCAAGCCCUAUGUCGUCUCCUCACGAAACGCAUAAGAAAGAACACAGACAACAACAUUCACUCCUUACUGCACGAUGGAGUAACGUAUAAUGACCAAACCGUCAUAUGUGAACUAUUAAGUGAAUGGUUUUCUCACAAUGGGAAUACAUCUGAUGCCCCAGAUAUCGACAUAAAGUGCACCGGCAAAAACUAUCUUAGUACCAUAAACUUCGACAUUAUGAGUAUACAUACCGCCAUUAAAACCCUUAAACCAAAUGCGAGUUCUGGUGCCGAUGACAUCCCUUCAAUCGUUUAUAAAAUGUCAGGGCCGGACAUACAGACGCUACUACUCAAAAUAUACACAUUAUCUUUAGAGACAGGUACAUAUCCGGAAACCUGGAAGGUAACGUAUGUUCUACCCAAACACAAAUCCGGACCGAGAAACCUGGUAGAAAACUACAGACCUAUAAAUAUCACUCCAGUCAUAUCACGCAUAAUGGAAAAAGUGAUACAAAAUCAACUAUCUGAUCACCUACUCAAGGAAGAUCUAAUAGACCCGUCACAACACGGCUUCAUUAGAACAAGGUCGUGCAGUACAUGCCUGAUAGACUUCUUUAACGAGGUUACUCGUAUGCGUGACCAGAAGAAACUAGUUAUUAUACUAUACUUCGAUAUUAAGAAAGCCUUUGGUAAAGUACCUCAUAAUCUUCUAAUCAACAGACUGAAGUCAGUUGGAAUUAUAAAUCCCCUUUUGCAAUGGAUCAAGUCUUUUCUUACGAACAGAUAUCAAAUAACCAAGAUUAACUCUAAUACAUCUACACCUCGACCGAUAACCAGUGGUGUUGUGCAGGGUAGUGUCUUGGGUCCAUUGCUCUAUAUGAUCUACAUCAACAAUAUAUGCAGGUGUUUCAGCACAGGUAAGACCUACCUCUAUGCCGAUGACUUAAAAGUCAUCUAUAAAACUGACAUUUGCGAUUUACGCAGUACUAUGCAAACAAUCCAACAUGAACUCAACAUGGUAGAUGACUGGUGCAAACGCUGGAGGUUAGAGCUCAACAUAGAGAAAUGCGGCUGGUUAUGUAUAGGAGACACGUCUCUUAAAAUGAAACUAACAAUUAGCGAUCACGCACUCCCCAGACUGGCAUCAGUAACUGACCUAGGGGUACAUUAUUCACACAGUCUUAAUUUCUCUGAACACAUCUCAGCCAAAGCAUCCAAAAUGCGGAAAUUGCUUGGCUUCAUUCUCCGUAAUUUCUAUCAAAAUGAAUCUAAAAUCCUUCUUUACAAAGUUUGUGUAAGACCUAUCGUUGAAUACUGCUCGUUCUUAUUUUCCAACCUACGUCUAUCUGAUAUACUAAAGGUGGAAGGAAUACAACGAGACUUCACCCGCAAAAUACUUAAGACUGGCUCGGUCAUUGACUACAGUUCUCGAUGCCAAAUCUUAGGAAUAGCACCCCUUUGGGAGAGAAGGCUUAGGUCUAAUUUGAUUCUCUACUUCAAACUACUCAAAAACCUUACUUACUCAACAUGUCAGAUAAUUCUUGCCCGAGAUUCACAUGAAUACGAACUUCGAAACAAAGUAUCUACGGUCAAAGUUGAGAAAUACAGAUCAAAAACUCGGGAAAACUUCUUCCUCACCAAGUAUGCAAUAAUAUGGAACAGUCUUCCUUCCGAGACUCGCAUGGCGGAUGAACUACAUACGUUUGUGAAACUGCUUGAUCAAGCCCUCACUCGCACUGAUCUUGCACGUACGAACACAUCUGCACCCCACUCAGACAUCAUAGGCUCUCUCCAUGUCUAGACCAAAAUGGACUUCAAGUUCAGUUUGCCUUAUUUUUCCUACUUUGCAGUUGUAUUAAUUACUUUUUCCACCCCAUUUCUUCACUUGAAGUAGACAGGUAACUCACUGGACCUAUCAUUACUGUCAAACUAAACUCGGUCGAUAAGGGACAAUCACUACCACCCUAAAAAGUCAAGAGGACCCGACAAUCGGCUGCCUACUACCAGUGGUCUUGCAUCUAUGGAACCUGUUACCAAUCAACUGGUUAAGACAACAGAAAAUAACAUCAGCACCAAGUUACUAAUCUUGCUCUGAGAGCACAACUAUGAAACUUCUGACGUUUGGAGCAAACGUAACGUACGCGUCCUCUCAAGGUCAUAGUUUACAGCAAGCGCUCUACGAUCUCACUUUAUAACAACUAUAAACUUAAUAAGUUGGGAAGCACUUUGCGAACCAACAAAUAUUGUAAUUUAUAGAUCAUGCCUGUAAAAACGGUGUGUAACUGCACAUGCAGAAAUAUAUUAUUAUUGGC